GAGAGAGAGAGAGAGAGAGAGAGAGAGAGAGAGAGAGAGAGGGAGCGCUUAAUGUUGGUGUGUUUGAGAGAGAGAGAGAAAAAAAAAGGAUGGGAAGCGAUGGGUACUACGUUCCUUUGUUUGAGACAGAGAGAGGAAAGGGUAGGAUGAUGUACAGAAUAUUUGCGACAUCUAUGUUUGUGUGUAUAGUUUUGAUUUGGGUUUACAGAGCAAGUCAUGUACCAACAUGGAGUGAAGAUGGAAGAUUGGGCUGGAUGGGGUUGUUUGGGGCUGAGCUGUGGUUCGGUCUUUAUUGGGUUGUCACUCAAUCGGUUAGGUGGAACCUAAUCUUUCGACGCACCUUCAAGGACAGGCUCUCAUUAAGGUAUGGGAAUGACUUGCCCGGAGUGGACAUAUUUGUGUGCACAGCUGACCCUGAAAUAGAGCCACCCAUGAUGGUGAUCAACACAGUUUUAUCAGUCAUGGCAUACGACUACCCGCCGGAGAAACUUGCCGUGUAUCUCUCCGACGAUGGUGGGUCAGAUCUUACCUACUAUGCCCUUUUACAGGCAUCCCAUUUUUCCAAACAUUGGAUACCUUAUUGCAAGAAAUUCAAAGUGGAGCCUAGGUCUCCUGCUGCUUAUUUUGACUCUGUGUCUGACCCACUUGAUGAUAAUCAUGCCAAAGAGUUGCUAUUAAUCAAGAAAUUAUACGCAGAUAUGGAGAACCGAAUUGAGACUGCAACAAAGCUGGGAAGAAUCUCAGAAGAAAUCAAAUUUGAACAUAAAGGAUUUUCUCAGUGGAAUUCAAUUUCAUCUCGCCGCGACCACGACACCAUCCUUCAAAUAUUAAUUGAUGGGAAAGAUCCGGUUGCUGUGGAUGUUGAAGGUUGUGCAUUGCCUACUCUGGUAUACUUGGCCAGGGAGAAGAGACCCCAACAUCACCAUAACUUCAAAGCUGGAGCUAUGAAUGCUUUGAUAAGGGUGUCAUCAAAGAUAAGCAAUGGACCGAUAAUUCUCAAUGUAGACUGCGAUAUGUACUCAAAUGAUUCUCAAUCAGUGCGCGACGCUCUGUGCUUCUUCAUGGAUGAAGAAAAUGGAAAUGAGGUCGCUUUUGUGCAGUUUCCACAGAAUUUUAAAAAUAUUACGAAGAAUGAAAUAUACAGUGGUUCCAUGAGAGUAAUUAGCGAGGUGGAAUUCCAUGGUUUGGAUGGCCAUGGAGGUCCUCUAUAUAUUGGAACUGGCUGCUUUCAUAGAAGAGAUACUCUGUGUGGGAGAAAGUUUACUAAGGCAAAUGGGAGUGAAUGGAAGAGUGAGAAUGACAUAAAGAUAAAAGAAAGUGUAAAUGAACAGGAAGAAAGGCUCAAGGAUCUUGCAAGCUGCACAUAUGAAAAUAACACUCAAUGGGGAAAGGAGAUGGGUUUGAAAUAUGGGUGUCCAGUAGAAGAUGUGAUAACAGGGUUAUCAAUUCAGUACAAGGGAUGGAAAUCAGUGUAUUUUAAUCCACAGAGAAAAGGGUUCUUAGGUGUUGGUCCAACCUCACUGGAUCAGACACUUGUGCAGAGCAAGAGAUGGUCUGAAGGUGAUCUACAGAUUCUGUUGUCCAAGUACAGUCCUGCAUGGUAUGGCCUUGGAAAGCUUCAUCCAGGCCUUCUAUUGGGUUAUUGCGUCUACUGUUUAUGGCCUCCAAACAGCUUGGCAACACUAUAUUACUCUAUCAUCCCUUCCCUUUACCUCCUCAAAGGCAUUCCCUUGUUUCCACAGAUAUCAAGCCCAUGGUUUCUACCAUUUGCAUAUGUGAUAGUUGCCAAGUACAGUUGCAGCUUCGCUGAGUUUCUUUAUUCUGGUGGCACUGCCCUGGGUUGGUGGAACGACCAACGCAUAUGGCUCUACAAGAGAACCACCUCCUACUUCUUCGCCUUGCUUGACACCAUUUUGGGGUUCAUUGGGUUCUCUGAUUUAGCAUUUGUGAUCUCAACCAAAGUGACCGAUGACGACACUUCCCGGAGAUACGAGCAAGAGACCAUGGAGUUCGGAGCCUCUUCCACCAUGUUCAACAUUUUAGGAUUGGUUGCCAUGCUCAAUUUGAUUUGCUUUGUUUGGUUGGUGAAAAUGGUGGUCACAGAUGCGGGGACUGUUUUUUAUGAGACUAUGGCUCUGCAGAUUCUUCUGUGUGGACUUCUGGUUUUAAUCAAUCUGCCUUUGUACCAAGCUCUUUUUCUUAGGAAGGACAGAGGCAAAAUGCCCUACUCUGUCACAUUCAAGUCAGUUGUGUUAGCUGUAUUUGUUUGUACUUGUUUUGCAUUCUUAUAUUAAAUUGCUUUGGACAUUCACAUUGUAAACUUCACAACUUUCAAUGAAUAGAAGUAACAAGAAAUAUAUAGGGUGUAAUAUUAAUUUUCCAUUUUUUUCUUUACAAAUGUAACCCCCCUCCCCUUCUAUGUAAUUUUCAAUUUCCAUGUAAAUCAAGGAGGAUUUAUUCAAUCACACCAUUUGAUUCUGUGGAUUAAAAGAA